UCAAAGCAAUCUUUCGGAUCGGCUGGCCACACUAAUUUAAUGUUAAAAGGAGCCAACGUUUGGAGCCAGCUGCCAGCCGUACAAGCAAAUAAGCCAUCUACUUUUUUUCAUGCCCUACACAAACGAGCGCCGCCAUUCCUUGCGUACCGCAAACACACAGCCCUAGAGGGACGAUUGCAUCCAUGGAAGAGUACAGCGAUCCUGCCGCCGCCACCACGAAUAUCAUGUCCCAGCUGCAACCCUUGCUAUGUGACGUCCCUACCCAAAUCGUCGAUCCAUCUGAUCAUGAAGAGGCGACACUGCAGAACAUUGAGUGUAUAAACACCGAAGUAAAUAUUGUUGGCGCUAUCGAUACUAACAUUCAAGGCAAGGAGAACACGAUUCCAGAAGUGGUGACAUAUAAGAAGGUUGAUCCAGUUGGACCAGCUGUGAUUGUUCCUAAAGUAGGAAUGUAUUUUGACUCUGAGAAAGAAGCUUAUGAGAUGUACAAUGCUUAUGCAUGUAUGGUUGGGUUUAGUAUUAGAAAGAGUGAUACAAGACGUCGACCAGAUAAAACUAUAUUUCAGAAACAUAUAGUUUGCAGCAACCAAGGUAAUAGAAAAAAUGAGCCAUCACAAUCAACUACAAGGACAGGUUGCAAAGCUCGUGUCCAGUUUAGCAUUAGCAGGGAAGGGGUUUGGACAGUGCAAAAAGUUGAACUUGAACACAAUCAUACCCUCGCUAGUCCGAACAAGGCACACAAGUUAAGGUCCCAACGACAUGUUAUUGAAGCGGACAGACAACUCAUUAGCCAAAUACGGGAAGCUGGAAUGAGACCAACGCAAGUGUAUGAAUUUAUGAAGCAAUUUUAUGGAGGUGCUGAUAAAGUUCCAUUCUCGAGGAUGGAUUGUAAUAAUGAGAUCGGUCGCGAACGAAAGAAAUAUUUAGAAUCCAAUGAUGCACAAACACUAUUGGAAUACUUGAAGAAUAAGCAAAUAGAGGAUCAUGCAUUUUUUUAUGCCAUUGAAAUAGAUUUGGAAGAAGGUGAGCAAUAUGGUCGGAUAGCUAAUUUCUUUUGGGCUGAUGGUCAAUCUAUAUUAGAUUAUGCAUGCUUUGGAGAUGAUGUUUCAUUUGACACCACAUUUCAAACAAAUAAGUUUGAAAUGCCUUUUGCUCCACUACUUGGAACCAACCAUCAUAAGCAGACAAUAGUCUUUGGGGCUGCACUGUUAUUUAAUGAAACUAUUGAAUCAUUUGUUUGGCUCUUUCAAACCUUUUUGACAGCAAUGUCAGGGAAACAUCCAAGUACAAUUUUCACUGAUCAAGAUGCAGCCAUGGCAUGUGCAAUUGCUUAUGUGUUCCCAAAUACAAGACAUCGACUUUGUUUAUGGCAUAUUUAUCUUAAUGCCGCUAAACAUCUAAGUCAUAUCAUUCAUAACCAUCCUAAGAAGUUUCUACCUGCAUUUAAAAAUUGUGUCUAUGAAGAUAGAUCAGAGGAUUGUUUCAAAAGGAAGUGGAAUGAACUGUUGAUUGAAUAUAGCCUUGAGGAGAACUUGUGGAUGCUAAAUCUAUAUAAUUUAAGAGAAAAGUGGGCUGCUGUUUAUCGUGACUCUUUUACAGCGGAUAUGACAACUACUCAAAGGAGUGAAGGUAUGAAUAAUGUAUUUAAGAAGAGAUUCCGUAGGAAACUUGGGCUUUCCGAACUCAUCGUCGAAUGCGAGAAGGUUUCUGCUUCUCUUCGCGAAAAUGAGUUGGAUGAAGAUUUCAAAUCACGUAUGAAGAAUCCAGUUAAUUACAUCCAAAAUUUACCUUUGUUGAAGUAUGCUGCUGAAUCAUAUACAAGGAGGAUGUAUAUGGAGUUUGAGGAAGAAUUUAAAUGUCAGUUUUCAUAUUCAUGUAAAUUGUUACAAUCUGAGGGGUCAAUAUCAACAUUCAUGGUUACACAUAUGCAUUCAAAUUAUGGAGCAACAGUAACAUUCAAUGUUGCAGAUUUGACCAUUACAUGUUCUUGCAGGAAGUUUGAAUCCAUAGGUAUAUUGUGCAAGCAUGCCUUCAAAGUAUUUAAUAUGAACGAUGUUUUCAUUUUACCACCGAAAUAUAUAUUAAAUAGGUGGACAAAAUAUGCAAAAAAGGGAUUUCAUAUUGAAAGAAAAACAAAUCAGAAUGAAACCUUGAAAGCACAUGCUGCACGCAUGUCUCGAAAGGCAACAUCCCUUGCAUUGAAGUGCUCAGUGUCAAGGCCACUUCUUGAUUAUUUAGAGAAAGCAUUAGAGAAGUUGGAGAUGGAAUCAGAUGCUUCUCUAAGUAAUCUGAGAGAAAAUGAUGUUCCUAUGGCAUCUCUAUCUUCUUCGAGAGUAAAUGAUAUUCCUAUGGUUUUAAAUGACUCCAAUGUAGAUAUAAUAAAAAGUGCCAUAUCAUUUCGAGUUCCUCGUGUGAUUAAAGGUGCAAAAAGUAAGCGAGCAAAGAAUAUAGUUGAAAAGAAAGCAUGGAAAAAAAAGAAAUUUUCUCAGGAGAAAGGAGAAGGUUUAAGCAAAGUAACAGACAAUAGAGAGCAUGAACAUGAUCCAAAAAAUUUGAGCCAGAGCAAUAAUGCUAAUAUGGGAAUAUCAAAUGCUUUCACCAACAAUAUGUAUGUGGAUUUUUCAUCAAUGGAGGCUCCAUUAAUGCAAGGAGGAUACACCAGGCUUCUGCUUGGAGUUGAUCAAGAUGCAUCGGCUGCUCGGAAAUUAAAUUUUGAUGUAGCAAACCAUGUAACAUUUAAGGACUAAGUAUUCAUAAUACACUCAGCAACCUGACGUUGUCAGCUUUGUAAUUAACAUUGCACGUAGAAUCCUUUGUGAUGGUGACGAUUACUUAUGCUGAAAAAUGCAGUAGCUGUAACUA